GGCUUUUGCUUUACAUUAGCACCACCAUUCACUCCAAAAUGCUUCAUCACUUUUACACGAGUCUCUGCUGCUUCUAGGGUUUUCCAUUUUCCCAACUGAUUUUUCUGCCUAAUUUCAUGGCUGAUUUUUUCAAUCAACCUUAAAAGAAUCAUGGUUUAGUGUCACAAACAGCUAUAAAAAGUGUCAUAAAUAAAGAGGAAGAUCAUCUCAAGAUUCAGCAUCUGCAGGCUUUUCUUCUGAUGUAAGAAACCCUUGUUUUUUCCUCAACAAAUCUUAAUUUCCACGAAAAGAUCGGUUUGAAUUCAUCAAAGGAAGGAAAAGAAUGGCCUCAUCAAGCAGCAGCUACUCAAACCCUCCCUGCGCCGCCUGCAAAUUCCUGCGGCGGAAAUGCCUCUCCGGCUGCGUCUUCGCCCCCUAUUUUCCGCCGGAGGAUCCCACCAAAUUCGUGAACGUCCACAGAAUCUUCGGCGCCAGCAACGUGAGCAAGCUGCUAAACGAGAUUCUCCCUCACCAAAGAGAGGAUGCUGUGAAUUCUCUUGCAUAUGAAGCUGAGGCUCGGCUCAAGGACCCCAUCUACGGCUGCAUCGGCGCCAUCUCCGUUCUGCAGAGGCAGGUGCUUCACCUCCAGAAAGAGCUCGAGGCGACCAAUGCAGAUUUGAUGCGUUACACAAGCAAUGAGAUUGCUGUGCAUCACCAGAGAAGGAUGGCUUAUGGAUCAGGAGUCGGGUCGUAUAACCCGAAUCCGGGUUAUUAUUCUUAUGGGGAAAACCCUGGUCAUGGCACCAACUGAUUAUAUGAUCUUUACUAUGAUAUUUAUGUUUGUGUGUGUCUCUAUAUAUAAGGAUAUAUAAAUGAGGGAGUUGGGAGGUUAGUAUAUAAAAAUACUUUUGAUCAUUGUGAUCUGGCCUUGUAUAAAUUUGGGGUCAGUAUAUAUAUAAUAUGUGUUUGGUUUGUAUUUAUUUGUGGGAUAAGAUGGUACCGAACUCGACAUAUAUAGAUUGGAUUAACUUAGGUGGCUAUC